AUGUUUGCCGUACACCUGAUGGCAUUUUACUUCACCAAACUGAAGGAGGAUCAGAUCAAGAAGGUGGACAGGUUCCUGUAUCACAUGCGGCUCUCUGACGAGACCCUUUUGGACAUCAUGGCACGGUUCCAGGCAGAGAUGGAGAAAGGCCUGGCGAAGGACACCAACCCCACAGCCUCAGUGAAGAUGCUGCCCACCUUUGUCAGGGCCAUUCCAGAUGGCUCCGAAAAUGGAGAGUUCCUUUCCCUGGAUCUUGGAGGAUCCAAGUUUCGAGUCUUGAAGGUGCAGGUGUCUGAAAAGGGGCAGCGAAAUGUCCAGAUGGAGAGUCAGUUCUACCCGACGCCCAAUGAAAUCAUCCGAGGGCACGGCGGGGAGCUGUUUGAGUACGUAGCUGACUGUCUGGCAGAUUUCAUGAAGACCAAGGAGCUGAUGCAUAAGAAGUUGCCCCUUGGCUUCACCUUUUCUUUUCCCUGCAGACAGACUAAAUUGGAAGAGGGUGUCCUGCUUUCAUGGACGAAGAAGUUUAAGGCUCGGGGAGUUCAGGACACAGACGUAGUGAUCCGCCUGACCGAAGCCAUGAAAAAACACAAGGACAUGGACGUGGACAUCCUGGCUUUGGUCAAUGACACCGUGGGGACCAUGAUGACGUGCGCCUAUGAUGACCCCUACUGUGAAGUUGGUGUCAUCAUUGGAACAGGCACCAACGCAUGCUACAUGGAGGACAUGAGCAACAUCGACCUGGUGGAGGGGGACGAGGGGAGGAUGUGCAUCAACACGGAGUGGGGGGCCUUCGGUGACGACGGGGCCCUGGACGACAUCCGCACUGACUUUGACCGGGAGCUGGACCUUGGCUCUCUCAACCCGGGGAAGCAGCUAUUCGAGAAGAUGAUCAGCGGCCUGUACCUGGGGGAGCUUGUUAGGCUCAUCUUGCUGAAGAUGGCCAAGGCUGGCCUCCUGUUUGGCGGCGAGAAAUCCUCUGCUCUGCAUACCAAGGGCAAGAUUGAAACACGACACGUGGCUGCCAUGGAGAAGUAUAAAGAAGGCCUUGCCAAUACAAGAGAGAUCCUGAUGGACCUGGGCCUGGAGCCAUCUGAGGCUGACUGCAUCGCCGUCCAGCACGUCUGCACCAUCGUCUCCUUCCGCUCAGCCAACCUCUGUGCAGCAGCCCUGGCAGCCAUCCUGACACGUCUCCGAGAGAACAAGAAGCUGCCUCGGCUCCGGACCACGGUGGGCAUGGAUGGCACACUCUACAAGAUACACCCUCAGUACCCCAAACGCCUGCACAAGGUGGUGAGGAAACUGGUCCCAAACUGUGACGUCCGCUUCCUCUUGUCGGAGAGUGGCAGCACCAAGGGGGCUGCCAUGGUGACCGCGGUGGCCUCCCGCGUGCAGGCCCAGCGGAAGCAGAUUGACGAGGUGCUGGCUUUGUUCCGGCUGGCCUGCGAGCAACUCGUGGGUGUGCAGCACAAGAUGCGGGCUGAGCUCGAGUACGGGCUGAAGAGGAAGACGCACCCGCUGGCCACGGUCAAGAUGCUGGCCACCUACGUGUGCGGGAUGCCUGACGGCACAGAGAAAGGAAAGUUCCUUGCCCUCGAUCUGGGGGGAACAAACUUCCGGGUCCUCCUGGUAAAGAUCAGAAGUGGAAGGAAGUCAGUGCGAAUGUACAACAAGAUCUUCGCCAUCCCCCUGGAGAUCAUGCAGGGCACUGGAGAGGAGCUGUUUGACCACAUUGUGCAGUGCAUCGCCGACUUCCUGGACUACAUGGGCCUCAAGGGAGCCCGCCUGCCUCUUGGCUUCACGUUCUCAUUUCCCUGCAGGCAGAAGAGCAUUGACAAGGGAACACUCAUAGAAUGGACGAAAGGCUUCAAGGCCACCGACUGUGAAGGGGAGGACGUGGUGGACAUGCUCAGGGAAGCCAUCAAGAGGAGAAAUGAGUUUGACCUGGACAUAGUUGCAGUUGUGAAUGACACGGUGGGAACCAUGAUGACCUGUGGCUAUGAAGAUCCUAAUUGUGAGAUUGGCCUGAUUGCAGGAACGGGCAGCAACAUGUGCUACAUGGAGGAGAUGAGGAACAUCGAGCUGGUGGAAGGGGACAAAGGGAAGAUGUGCAUCAACACGGAAUGGGGAGGAUUUGGAGACAACGGCUGCAUAGAUGACAUCCGGACCCAAUACGACAAGGAGGUGGAUGAGGGGUCCUUGAAUCCUGGCAAGCAGAGAUAUGAGAAAAUGACCAGUGGGAUGUACCUAGGGGAGAUUGUGCGGCAGAUCCUGAUCGACCUGACCAAGCAGGGCCUCCUCUUCCGAGGGCAGAUUUCAGAGCGUCUCCGGACCAGGGGCAUCUUUGAAACCAAGUUCCUAUCCCAGAUCGAAAGCGAUCGGCUGGCCCUCCUCCAGGUCAGGAGGAUCUUGCAGCAGCUGGGCCUGGACAGCACGUGCGAGGACAGCAUUGUGGUGAAGGAGGUGUGCGGAGCUGUGUCCCGGCGGGCAGCCCAGCUCUGUGGCGCUGGCCUGGCUGCUGUCGUGGAAAAAAGGAGGGAAGACCAGGGCCUCGAGCACCUGAGAAUCACCGUUGGUGUGGACGGAACCCUGUACAAGCUGCACCCUCACUUUUCUCGGAUAUUGCAAGAAACUGUGAAAGAACUAGCCCCUCAGUGUGAUGUGACUUUCAUGCUGUCAGAAGAUGGCAGUGGAAAGGGAGCAGCUCUGAUCACUGCUGUGGCCAAGAGGUUAGAGCAGCCAUGA